GCCACAGUGGUCUACUGGAUUUUCUUUCCAAAUAACAGUUCCAUCUCACAUCAUCAGAGGCUAUAACAACCCAAGUGGGUCUGAGUUAAAUUGUCUCUGAUUGGUUUCUAAAACCAUGAAUUCUUGAUAGAAAGCCAGAGGAGUUUCUUUUUUUCACUCCACCGAAGAGCAAAUAAUAUUCAUCAGCUGGGUCAGCUGGAAAAGUGGAAAUCAGUGCCUUUGGAGUAAGGGGCUGAUAACUUGAUGACCUUCCAAUUUCUAUAAGAUCAGUUAAAGAGUUGCUUGUUGGAAAUGGCAAAUGGCAGUCAAACCCGAGAUGGGGUGCCAGAGAACCUAAGAAAUCAGCUUGCUGUUGCUGUGAGGAGUAUCCAAUGGAGUUAUGCAAUUUUCUGGUCGCUGUCAACAACAGAACAAGGGGUACUUGAAUGGGGUGAUGGGUACUAUAAUGGUGACAUCAAAACUAGAAAAACAGUCCAAGCCAUGGAACUUAAGGCUGAUAAAAUAGGCUUACAGAGAAGCCAGCAAUUGAGAGAGCUUUUCCAGUCUCUCUUGGAAGGCGAAACUGAACAACAAGCUAAAAGGCCCUCAGCAGCAUUGUCACCGGAGGAUCUCACAGAUGCUGAGUGGUAUUACUUGGUUUGCAUGUCCUUUGUCUUCAGUCCUGGCCAAGGUUUGCCGGGAAGGGCGUUAGCAAAUGGUCAAACCAUCUGGUUAUGCAAUGCUCAAUAUGCGGACAGCAAAGUGUUCUCUAGAUCUUUGCUAGCCAAGAGUGCAUCUAUUCAGACUGUGGUAUGUUUUCCUUAUCUGGGGGGUGUGAUAGAGCUGGGUGUGACUGAACUGGUCACUGAGGACCCUAGCCUUCUUCAACACAUCAAAGUUUCCUUAUUAGAGUUGUCAAAGCCAGUAUGUUCCGAAAAAUCUUCCUCUGUUUCUCAUAAAGCAGAUGAUGACAGAGAUCCAAUGUGUGCCAAGGUUAAUCAGGAAGUAAUGAACACUUCUCCUUUGGAGAACCUAUAUUCCCCAUCCGAAGAAAUCAAGUUUGAUCAGGAAGGAAUCAAUGAAUUAGGUGGAAAUAUCAAUGAAGAAAUCAACAUGGAUUCUCCUGAUGAUUGUUCCAAUGGCUGCGAGCACAAUUACCAGACAGAAGACUCUUUCAUGCUUGAAGGUCCAAAUGGCGGGGCUUCUCAAGUUCAGAGCUGGCAUGCCAUGGAUGACGACUUCAGCAAUGGAGUUCAAGAUUCCAUGAAUUCCAGUGACUGUAUAUCUGAAGCUUUUGUGAAUCAAGAAAAGCCUCUCUCUACUCUUAAGCAAGAAGAUAACCACAAUCAUUUGAAAGAACUUCAGAACUCCAAUCACACAAGACUAAGUUCCUUGGAUCUUGGAGCGGAUGAUGACCUGCAGUACAGAAGAAUUCUUUCUUCUAUUCUGGGACGCUCACCUCGGUUGAUUGAAAAAUCAUGUUUUCAAUAUAGUGAUUGCAAAUCCAGUUUUCUGAGUUGGAAGAAAGAAGCAAUUGGUAGUGCUUAUAGGCCACAGAUACAGCAGAGAAUGCUAAAAAAGAUACUAUUCUCGGUCCCUCUUAUGUACGGUGGUUGCUCUCUUAGGUCCCAGAAAGAAAGUGGUGGAAAAGAUUGGCUUUGGAAAUUGGAAAGGGAUGAUAUUUGCAUGGGACAUGUUUUGUCAGACAAUAGAAGAGAGAAUGAGAACUUUCUGGUCCUCAGGUCAAUGGUUCCUUCUAUCACUGAGAUUAACAAAGCAUCGAUUCUUAGUGACACAAUCAAAUACCUGAAAGAGCUUGAGGCAAGGGUAGAAGAGUUGGAAUCUUGCAUGGUUUCAGUAGAUUUUGAAGCAAGAGCCAGAAGGAAAUACCUUGAUAUGGUAGAGCAGAUUUCUGAUAAUUAUGACAGGAAAAAGAUUGAUAAUGGCAGGAAACCUUGGAUAAACAAGAGGAAGGCUUGUGACAUGGAUGAAACUGACCCAGAACUGAACGGAGCUGUUCCUGAAGAUGGCCUGCCAUUAGAUGUGAAAGUCAGCAUAAAAGAGCAGGAGGUUCUGAUAGAGAUGAGAUGCCCUUACAGGGAAUAUAUUUUGCUCGAUGUCAUGGAUGCGAUAAAUAAUCUGCAUUUGGAUGCAUACUCAGUUCAAUCAUCUGCUCCUAAUGGCAUUCUGACAUUGACCUUAAAAUCUAAGUUUCGAGGAGCAGCAACUGCACCUGUGGGAUUGAUCAAACAAGCACUUUGGAAAAUUGCUUGGAGAAGAACGAUCCAUUCAUCGUAAUUUUUGCCGAUAUUCUGCAGAAUAUCAAUCGUGAUACUAAUACUAAGAGAAUGCUUGCUAAGCUUUCUAGACAACUCAUAGAAUUUAUGUGCUUGUUUAGAGCCCUUGUGCAUAUAACUCUGUAUCUGCAUCAACAAAAGAAUUAAACUGAUUAUCUUUAGAGGAAUGUACCUGGCUAUCCAUUGAAAAGGGGUUAUAAAUUUGAUAACUUUCUAGCUGAAAA